AUGCUACAAGGUGAUGUACUAUCUGAAGUUUAGCUUGCAAUUCCUUGCAUUCAGCUUAAAUCAUAAUCUGUUAGAUUGACAGCCAAUAUGUAAAAGUGUGAGAUUGAUUGCUUGGCUUCUUAUGAGCUCACAAUUGGAUUUUCUGAUUCAAAGGAUAAAUAGGUUGACCUUAAUUAAACAAUGGAAUUCAUUCUAUAUGGACGUCAAUAUGAAAUAAAAAAUAUUACUUACAUUCCUUCUGUGAAAUAUCCUUAAGUACUCAAGUUGGUGAAGUAAUAAUAUAAUUCGAACGAAAAAUAAUCGAAUCUCUUGAAAUCGUAGAAGCCUUUUAAAUCGCCAUGCUCUUAUAUGACAAUGAACGCACUUCUGAACAAAAUUUAGGAUGAUUGUUAAUAAAUUACUCUAUUAUUUUAAUUUGCUCCAGAGAAAUUGGAAAGCUGUGAUUAUGACUUUGUUAAAUCGCUAGAAGACUAGAUUGUAUUUAAAUUGCAGAUAAGCUAUGUAAUAUCCAGACCUAUAUCUGGUUUGAGAUUUGUCAGUAAUUUGGACAAUAAAUUUUUGAUCACAGAAAAAGGGUUGCAUAAUUCGAGGAACUGGAUACCUACUCCUCAUCAUAAAUAAUAAAGAUAUCCUCCAUAUUGUCAUGAGGAAAAGGACUUAUUGCAUUACUCUAAGAUCAUAAUCACAGUUCCAUCCUCUUAUUAUGUUGUUGCUUCUGGACAGUUGUAAGAAAUAGUGGAGAUUGAUGGGAAUGAUUUAGUUGGAUAUGUGUUUAAUGUAAAUGAAUUCAUAAACCCUGACGAUUUGGGGAUAUUCAUAGGAGAGUUUUAACAUCAUUAUGCAAAUCAUGAUGAAUUCCGGUUAAAUAUUUUCCAUAUGAAUGAAAACAAAUCCUACUUAUUUGAAUCUGAAACUGCUCGGAAAAUAUUCGAGUCAGUUGAUAGAUUUUGGUUUAGAGAUGCUCUACUUUAAAAAGCCAGGAAUAUAUUAUCCAUUGGAUCUGGAGUCGAAUUUUUUAGAUCUCUGAAUGUGCUCAUCUUGCCUAAUGUACAAAAACAUGGAUAUCUUUCAUUUUACCCCUUUCGCAAUAUUUUAGUAUUCGAUGAAUCUCAACUUCCUGAGUCUCUACCUUGCAAACACACUUAAGAUGAAUUCUAUAGAUGUUUACACCUCUAAUUGAAUGCUCUGUCUCUCAAAUUUUUCUUGGCUCCCUCAGUAAAAUUGUCAGAUAGAUGGAUUGAGCUUGGUUUCACAUUCUAAUCUACUUGGACUGAGGAUUAUGCGCAAUUGCAUUAAAAGUUAUUAGAAUAAAUAAAGAAUGGUCAGGAUGUUAAAUUGGAUCAAACUUAAUUUGAAUAAAGAUUCUUGUUAGAAUCAUUAGAAUACCAAUUAAAAACUAGAAUGGUUAUAACUAUGCUUGCAAGAAUGACACACUAGCCAGAUGUUUUCAUAAAGGAGAUAUUAAAUAGAUUCUAUCAAGAUCUGAAAGGGAGUAUUCCUGCACCUUUAAGUACUGAUAAAAUAUUCAUGAGUAUGAAAAAGGUAUUCUCAGUAUCCAAAGGAAAAUCUUUCUUAAAAAUGUUUAUCAAGUCUGCGGGAGCUUGGCAUUUCAAGGUUUCAUAUGAUUAUGAAAGAGAUCAUAAACUAAAUCUGAAUAUCACUUAGUCUCCACUUAUAGGUCAUUGGGUACAUGUGUAUACUAAUAAUUAUAUACAAGGAGCCAAGGCACUGGACAUUAAAUCUGACAUUAUUUAUUAGUUUCUCCAAUUUUAAGAAAAGAUUAAGCAGACAUAAAAAUCAAUUUAAAAGGCUUUCAAAGAUUUUGAAGAGUAAUAAAAGGAAUAACCCUAUGAUUAGAGUAAGAAACCACAUUCAUCUUCAACAAUCAAAGAUUUUAAAAGAAGAGAUUAUUAAAUCUAAGCAAGUGGAUUAAUACCAGAAGAAUUGUCAAUGCCUUUACAUUUUUCAGGUUGGGUUCGUAUUUAAGUCUCAGAGACGAAUGAAUUGAAGCUUGAAAUCGAGAAUACUGAGAUAAAGAUACCUCCAAAGUUAUGGACUAAGAUAGACAUAAAUUGUACAUAAAAAUUAAAAAAAUACAAUAUUCCCAAGAGGCAUUUGGAAAUUAAUGCCUAAGCCUAUAUUUAAGAGGAACAAACUGGAAAGAUUGAAAUAGAAAAUGAUAAUAAUAAUCAAGUCAAAACUCCAAUGAUUCAUGGUAUUUUAGGAGAGGCUGUUCUGAAAUCAGGAGUGAAUAUUAAUACUGGAAGGGAAUAAACAAUUAAAUCAUACUCAGAAGAGAUAUAAAAAGAGCCUCCUUAAUGGAUCAAGUGGGAUCCAGUUGGUUUGACUGUUAAAGAGGUUGAAUAUUAAAUUCAAAAGGAACUUGUAGUAAUGUGUUAAGUAUUGAAAGAGAAGGACAUGAAUUAAAUAGCUUGUGUCUUAAGAAACAUUAAAAAAUUAGAAAUUCGAGAAAGAGUUGUCAGAACAAUUGUGUUGAUUAUUGAAAAUUCAUAUGCUCAUUUGGAGAGUAAUAUCAUUGUUUAAUUAUUGCAACUGCUUAGAGAAAUGGUUAAUAAGAGUUCAAUAAAAAGGUUGGAAGAAAAUUGUGAUUUUGAGGAUAUGGCAGAAUUACAAGCUUAUUUAAAAUUAGCCGAAAAAAUCACUUACAGGUUCUUCUUUAACUAAAAUGACAACAGUCUUAAGUAUUUGAAAUUCAACAAUUUUGAUGAUUACGAUGUAAUUGUAGCUCUUUUAAAAAAUCUUAGAAGGCUUAAUACUGCCUCAACGUUAGGAUUUCAUAAUGAACUAAUAGCAUUAUUGGUUAGCAUCCUUUAAGGCUAUGACAAUUCAUAAAAUUAAUAUGAUUGCAGUUACAUGAUAUCAAAACUUAUAAAAUUACUGUUGUUUACAAACUGCAAUCAAUCCAAAUUCUUGAUAAUGACCACCUUGAAGCAUGAGUUAAAGAAGGUUAUCUUUUUGAAUACAUCCAAGAAUUAUAUACUGAAGACCAUAAUAAUUCAUUACAAAAGAUUUACUGAUAUCAACUUUUCAGGAGAGAUGGAGAAAAAAAUAGAGGAGAUCUAUAAAAAAUAUGAUGAAGAGAUAUCCUCAAUCAUUAAACAUCAUCAGUCGAAUGUGUUAGUUAGAAUUGAUAACGGUUAUUUAGAACGAGCUUAUUAUAAGAAAUAUUUAUUAGAACAAUAUGAAAAAUAGAAGAAGGAGCCUUAUCACUUUAUAUUGGACCAAUUGUAUUAUUUAAGUAAGAAAAGAGUGAAGAAUGGGUCUACUACGAUAUAUUUCAAUGUGUUACUGCAAGAACUUCAAAUCUUUAUGGCUAAAAACUAUUAAAGAUUUGCCCAUGAAUUGUCUAGGGCUGACAUCAAUCCAGAAUUAGCUAAGACUUUGGCUCAUACUAACUUCGAGUGUAUAAUAUCUGGUCCAGCUCUUUUAAAUUAUAAUGUCUAAAGCAAUUUUGCAUCUAUUUACAGAAUUUUAUUCUAUUACUUCGCUCCUCUCAGAACUGAUGAAGUUCAUAAAGACAUUAAACAUCUACUAUACACUUUAACUAAUUUUACACCUGAUCAAUAAUGGUCUUAAGCUCAUUCUUCUUAAUUGGUGGAGGAAUAAUAAGAACUAACCAAGCGAACUUGUGGCUAGCAACCCAAGAAGAACAGACCUGUCAAUAGAAGCACAACCCAAGAUCUUAUUUAAUAAUUGGAGAGAUUUGCAAGAAAGUUUCCUAACAAAUUAUCAGAAAGAGAAAUUACUAAGUAGAUUUUAAAACAUUUAGGUACUUUACCUUAAAUUGGGUAACUAGAAGAAAAGGUUGGUGAAUUAUCACCAUCAUCAAAAUAAAUUUAUAGAAUUGAUUAAGUCAGGGCUUCUAUGAAAAGAAAGAAUCAACCUAUGAACAUAAUACUGGAUAAUGUAUUGUCAAUGUUUGAAUACUAUUAUAGAAAACAGUAAUUGAGUAAAAAUGAAUUAGAUGAUUAUUGUCAGAUGGUUAGAAAGUUCUUUGAUGAUGGAAAGAAAGUCUUAGAAAACUAUUCAAAAGCUAAUGUAGAUAAGAAGGUUUAAAAAAUGGUCAUAAAAAGCACCUCUUUAGAAACCAAAUUAGCUAACAAUACUUAUAUUGAUGAAAUCAUUGAAUGA